AUGCGCAGUGGCGGCGACGGAGGCGGAGGCGGGGGUCUAGAAAGCGGGCCGGGCCGGGUCUGGCUGGGCGGGCGGCAAGGAGCGCGCGCCGACUGCAGCAGCCUUCAGUGUGGUGGCGGCUGGCGCCGAAGCGCUCUCGCAGGGGGACCGGCCAGCCGGCGGGCUGCUCGCCACGAGGACCGCGCCGCGCGGCGCAACAGAUGCGACUGUACUACUGAAGAAAGAAGAUUGAAGUGUUUUUUCAACAGACACCGAAGUCCUGACAUGAGAUUUGUUAUCAAAACUGAACUAAUAUAAAACCUCAUUUACGAUUUGAGAAGGAGAACCACGGGUUUGACCAGUGAACUGCAUCAAGAGGCUUCAAACCGCUUACGCUCCUUGCCCGGCCGCUUCCCCAUCCCGGAGAGAAACGCGACUCUUCCGGAACGAGCGUGGAGUGCGACGGCGAACAUUGCUGCCGACCACAAACGAGGAUAUCGAAUCACCGUCUGACAGUGGAUGCAGGCGGCCUGACGCCGCGCUACCAUGUUGAUCGGGCCCGGAGGCCAGGCCACAGGGAGCGCAGCAGGCCGAGGCGCCGGGAGCUGCUCGUGCUCGUCGCCCUUCCGCCUCCCGCGGGAGGAAGCGCCC